UGUGUGUGUGUGUGUGUGUGUGUGUGUGUGUGUGUGUGUGUGUGUGUGUGUGUGUGUGUGUGUGUGUGUGUGUGUGUGUGUAUACAGUGACCAAAGCAGGAGGAACAGUUACAUGAUAAGGUCCUAGUUUGAAUUUCUCUCGGAGACAAGUUCUUUUGUUUCUGUGGAUGUGUGAGCGCUCACACAGUGGACCUACAGCGCAGGAAAAGAAGGAAGAAAAAGAAGACCUGAGGUUGUUUUUUUAAAACUUAUUGGAGAGGUAUGUGCAGACCACAUGGCAGCAGAAAGCCAUGGUGACUCUUGUAGACUACCCAGCUCCUGCAGAGCUGAUCUCAAAAGCUGGAGACCUGAGAAUACCGUUUUCUGAUGUGGUCAAGUACUGCAUUCUGGGCGUCUCUGUCGCUUUCCUACUGCUGGCUCUGAGCAUCUUAGCCUGGCAGUUCUACAGAUGCUGCGCAGAGAAACACACUACAUACACCCAGCAAGAUACAUUCAUGCAUAAUCACUUGCUGUACUCAGAAGAAUUGACAACAACAACAACACCAGGAAACUACUCAGGAACUCCAGAUACUAAAGUAGAGGAUGUCAGCACAGAGGCCCGCAGACUGAGCCGCUGCCUGUCUCAGGCCUCGUUUCCCUCCUCAGAAUCCAUCCUGGCAGCUGGAGACAAAGAAGAGCAGGCAGCUAUUCAAACGGUGGAUGGAUCACUGCGGUUCUCCGUCUACUGUGAUCAGAUGCAGUCACGUCUGGUGGUCACCGUGUUGCAGGUGGAGGGGCUUUUGGAGCACCACCAGGGCCGAAGCCUCCAGCCAUUUGUUAAAAUACUGCUCAUGUGGGCUGGCUCGGAGGCAGUCGAAGUAGAGGGCUGUAAAAAUGAAGAGGGUGAAGCCAUGCCUCCUGUUAUGUGGACAGUGCUGCAGGAGUGGCAUACUCGCAUUGUGAAAGGCAGCUGUAACCCUUUAUUUGGAGACCAGUUCAGCUGUGUUCUGCAAGAGGAUAAGCUUCAUCACAUCAACCUCAGGAUGGAGGUGAGAGACUUCGAUAAAUUCUCCAGACACACAGUGUUAGGAGAAGUGAGGGUUCCUCUAGGACAGCUCAACAUCUCGUACCCUCUGGAACUGCAAGAGGAUCUGCAGACACCCCAGAAGGAUCUUGUUGGCGAGGUGCUUUUGUCAUUGAAGUUUCUUCCUACCGCUCAGAGGCUGGAGGUUGGGCUGCUAAAGGUCAGAACGGUCUUUGCUGAAAUAUCCUCAGACGCAGCCCUGUAUGCCAGGAUCAGCGUCCAGUGCAAUCAGUGCAAGCUGAAGUACCAGAAAACCUCUGCAGUGGCUCGGAGCCUGCUGACUGUUUUCAACGAGGUCUUCUUGUUCUCCCUUCCGGAGGUUCAUCUGGAGCGGUGUAAGAUUUUGGUCUGUGUGUAUGAAACUCACACAGCAAGAAAAUCAGCGAAACGACUGAUUGGACAGCUGAGUGUGGGGACGGACAAGAGUUCAGAAACGAAUGAGCACUGGACUUUGAUGAUGCGCUCAGUCCGCCAGCCAGUAGCAAAGUGGCAUGGUCUCCUGAUCUGAACCAGCAUGUAAAUGCCCUCCUUAUGUUCAGGUUUGCCUUUGUCUGAAAGCAUGUGUAUCGAACUGUUCGAGUACCUGCACGUGUUCGGCUAAAGACCAGACAAGGAUGGCGUCCUGACGCCACGGUGAUAGAAAAGUCUCUUCAUUCCGCUCACCUGGAUAAUGGAGUGACUACUAACCAGUACUCACCUGCAAACACGUGAUGCUUGGUCUCCUUAUUCACCCACAUCUGUUUCUGUUUUUAGCUUCAGCUCUUUUUAUAUCGGCUUUAAUGUGUUAACCUUAGUUUUCCCCUUUUCUGUGUAUUUGUUACAUUUAUCUUCUGCUCUCUUCAUUCUUUGUUAUUAAGUCUCUGUGUUGCGGAUUGAGCAUUCACUGAGUUCAGCAGCUCACUGAAUAAAUGUAAUCAAUAAGUUAAUGGACUAUGAAGAACUAAGUCAUUCAUUUGAAGUGAUGCACAGUUACAGCAUAAAAAUAUAUACAUAAAGGUAACAUAUUUAAUAAUAUCUGUGACCUAAGAGACUGGUUAAAUGCACUCCUGCUUAUUAUCAUUAUUGAUUUUAUGAGCGGCAUUAGCUUCCAUCCGUUGGUUUAAAUGUUUGUUUUGGUUGCCAUAGCAGAAAUUGUACCUUUUACUGUCUACAUAUAAUAUGAAUAUAUGCCUAAAUCGGUAGGUGAGGACUGGAAAAAAUAAGGAUAGAUAAUUAGUAGUUGCAUUUUUAAAAAUGUGGAUUUUUUAAUCAUUAAUCACUUGUUUUCUUGUUUUGUUUUGUUUGUUUGUUUUUUGGCCUGUCAUGUCUGGCAGUUUUUGCAAUCAGAAUGA